AAAAGUUGUUGUCUGCUACUUUUGUUUCUUGAGAAAGUGAAAUAUUUUUUUUUUACAUUUUACAAGAAACAAUGGUGGUUUGUCGUUUCUUUUUGGGUGGAAAUUGUAGAUAUGGAGAUAAAUGUUGGAAUGAACAUCCGAGUGGAGGAAAUCAAGGGUACCAAACUACAGCCCAGCGUCAGUUGUUUGGUGGUGGCCGAAAGACUAACAAUCAGUACCAAUGGCGAGCAUCAGAUUCUCAACAAGCCGCUCCUUCCGCAGCCAGUACCUCAAGCAACAAUCAACUAAGCCCUGCAGACAUUGUGAGAGCAUUGUCUGCAGAGAUCACCAGCAUGUGGGAGGCAGGGAAAAUGUGGCCAUUCUCCUGCAUGGGCUUUGAGAAGGACAUGCCAUCUUUACCAGGUUUGACAGACAUUUCCAUGGAGGAGAUGCGGCAUGAAGCAUAUGAUGCUUUGAAACAAGGCAACAUUCAGCCAUAUGUUCAAAAGGUGGAAUGUACUUUAAAUGAGGUGCUUGCAAAGAGACAAGAGCUGAAGAAUCCUGGCAUGUCCUCAAAGCAGACUCUGAUUGUGUUUAUUGAUGACUGCAGACGGAAGCAAGCUUCAAGCUCAAGUGGGCAAGUGUCAUUGUUCAGUGAUUCUAGUGGUGGAGGUUUAUUUGGAUCAGGAAAAGAAGGGUCUGGAUUAUUUGGACAAAAUCCGGCAAGCUCACAAGCACCUGGUCCAUUUGGUGCAAGUAGCUCUUCAAUUGGAGGUGUUGGCUCUUCAUUUGGAGCUGGAAGCUCUCCUUUCGGAGCAGGGAGCUCUACAUUUGGAAGUUUUGGUGCUGCUGGUAAUGGAGGUGGGCAGACAGCAUUUGGACAGGCGGCAGCUCCACCAAGUGGCCUUUUUGGAGCCACAGGCUCCGGUUUGCAACCAAGUCUCCCACCACCUGCAUUUGGACAGGCUGAAUCACAAUCUUUGUUUGGCAAAACUGAUCAGUCAUCUCAGCCAGCAUUUGGGCAAUCAGCUUUUGGCCAAACUCAGAACACUACAUCUGCUGGUUUAUUUGGCAAAGCAGGUACUGAAACACCACAGGCUCCAACAAAUUCUCUAUUUGGUAAACCAGUUGGUUCUCCAUUUGGAGGCAAUGCAUUUGGUUCCACUCAGACAGCGACAACACAACAGAGUGCUAACCCAUUUGGAAGUGCAAACCUUGGUCAAAGUUCAGGCUUUGGAAGUACUCAGCCACUUCCAGCCCCUAGCGGUUUUGGUGCCUCUAGCCAACCAUCAUCGACAGUAGGUGGUGCAGCUCCAGUUACAGCUGCAGCAACAUCAGGUGCGACAGGUCAAGCAAUGGUGGAUAGUUUAUAUACACCUAUUGAGCAACUCACAGAUGAAGAAAAACAGCAAUUCGCUGCACAGACAUUUACAGUAGGAAUGAUUCCCACAAAACCACCACCUAAGGAAAUGUGCUUUUGAUUGUUCACAUGGGCUAUUGUAUUGAAUGUAAAUGUGUUCGUAAAACUCAUGAACUACAUGACGCAAUGAUAUUUCCGUAAUAGUUUGUCAAUUUCAUUGUUUACCAAAGUCAUUUGGAAAAGAGAAUUUGUCUAUAGACAUUAUGUGUUAAACAUUAAUUAAUCAUGCAACAGCCUAUAAAUAUACAUAAAAAUGUAAUUUAUAAUGUACAUGGAUUCACUGUAAUGAAUGAAAAUUAGCUAGGAUAUCUUGAUUGGAAUGCAAUUUGAAAGUAGCAUUGUCAUUUUUUUCACAUAAUCAAAUAUAAAACUUUUCUGGAAAUUGUUGUAAAUCAUAUCAAGGUAUUAAGUUUUGAUAUAAAACUAAUUUUGAAACAUAAAAUGUCUUUGUUAUUGUUGAUGGGAUUUCAUUUAUACACACCUAUUGAGCAACUCACAGAUGAAGAAAUCACAAUCUCAGCUAGCAUUUGGGCAAUCAGCUUUUGGCCAGAGCAACUCACAAAUGAAGAAAUCACAAUCUCCGCCAGCAUUUGGGCAAUCAGCUUUUGGCCAGAGCAACUCACAAAUGAAGAAAUCACAAUCUCAGCCAGCAUUUGGGCAAUCAGCUUUUGGCCAAACACAGACCACUACAUCUGCUGGUUUAUUUGGCAAAGCAGGUACUGAAACCUGUACCCACACUACACACACUGUAAGUGCACUUGCAAUGCUAGCAAAUAUCAAAAUAUGCACAAGUCCGAACCGUGGCCUCCAUGGCCUAGAUAUGUAAAAGAGCUAGGGUAUCGCAUCAGGACUUCCUUGUAUCCCACCACUGUCUAUUUCGGUUGCUGUCCCUUCAGCAAAAACAAAGGACCCAGUUGGAAAUAAGUGCUUGCUUUUUCACAGGUUAUCCUUGACCACAAGGUCUAAAAAAAUACACAUUUAAACUUCACAUAAUUGAAGAGGAACUUAGGAACGUGUGUCAUGUUUUUGAUCUCAUUUUCACUUUUGGAAGUCAAUUAUAUACACUAUAGAUUUCAUACAAGAAUUUUUCUAUCAGCCAUAAUGUUUAUUUUAUUGAAUCUAGGUCAAUAUGAUGAUAAAACUAGAUUAUUAUCCCCAGCCUAAUCGAAGGUUUUUCUAUUUUUAAACAACGUGAACUUAGAUGAAUUUCUGGUCAAAUGGCGUUAUACGCCAAUGGUGGGUCUUUCCGUAGGACGAACAUCCUCGUUCUGGGAUUGACCUCCACUAAAAAAAUGGAAAAACCAAACCAACUCGGUAACUAUUUUAUUUCUUAAUUGGUAGAGACAUUUAAAGUUACCGAAACUAUUUGGAUUUGUCAUUUGUCUUACAGCCAGUUAUUGUAAAAUUACGGGGACUUUUUAUAGUACCAUACGAUAUGUCCUUAUAUGACAUAUGACGCGUAUAUAGUGUAUUGUCAUCACAUUAACGCCUCUUGUGUUAUGGGACAAUCGUUGUUAAAACAAGAAAAACGAAUUUUAAACACAACAACAGAGUUGAAGGCAAAAUAUGUGUUCUUAUACUUAUUCAACAACAAAACAUCGAAUAUUCGAAUAUCGAUUUUGACAUUCGAAUACCAAACGUUUGAUCGAAUAUUCGUUUGCAUCCCUGCUUUAUACUAUGCUGUACUUUUUACUCUGAUAUACGCCUACAAUAUAAUAUUUCAGGAUCAUGGAAUACAUUGAAUACAUUUGUCAAGAUAAUGUCAUCAAAUGCUUGUAUAACUUUAAGACGUUUGGCUAAAUUCAUAUACCAUGCUAUGUUGA